AGGUGGCAGCAGAGUAAACGGUAGUCCAUGCGGAGCUGAUGUUUACACCAGCAAGGAAGAAGGAAGUACACACUGUACCACAACCUGACCACAACCGCCGAAAGCCAUCAUGUCUCGAAAGCUUUAGUCCUGUCAGAACUGCGGUAUAACUAAGUAAAUAAACAAGGGCAUGGGACGAUUACUUUGUGGAUCCAAAAGAUUUUGCAUGAACCGCUAGUUGUCGCCGUCCGAAGGGAAUAAGCUGGCUUGAUCGUCAGCCAUGGGCGCUCGGUGGUCCCGCAGCUCCGUCCCGCUGGCCCUUAUCCCGCCGGGGGAGGACGCGGCGUCCCAGAACGGCGAGAACAACGACGAGGAUGCAGACGAUGACUCGCUGAACGGCCUGGACCGACAGGAUGACAUCGCCCGGUUCCCCUACGUGGAGUUCACUGGCAGAGACAGCAUUACCUGCCCGACCUGCCAGGGCUCGGGUCGGAUACCCUCCGAGCAAGUGAACGAGUUGGUGGCACUGAUUCCUUAUAGUGACCAAAGACUGCGGCCCCAGAGGACGAAGCUGUACGUGGUUCUGUCCGCCGUGAUGUGUCUCUUGGCCUCUACCCUGGUGGCCUUCUUCCUGUUCCCACGUCCCGUGGUCGUCGUGGACGACGGGAUCCGCUCGGUGACGGUGCACUUCGACCACUCCGGGACCAGGGUCCUGAUGAACAUGACGAGCUCGCUGAACUUCACCAACUCCAACUUCUUCUCUGUGCUGGUGAAGAGCCUCAGCUGCCAGGUGCUGUACAUGAAGACGGUGGUGGGCACCCAGCAGCUGGACGACGUCAUCACCAUCCAGCCGCUCAGCAUGAAACAGGUGAACUACACCGUCAGCGUGGUGAUCGGGGACAGCGCCCCCUAUGUCUAUUUUUUCUGCACCAUGCCCAGUAUCAAGGUCCACAACAUUGUGGUUUUUACCCAGACGUCGGUGAAGACCUCCAACCUGGUGCGCUCGUCCCAGAACAGCCUGGAGGCCUACCGCUACAUCGACUGCGGCAGCAACUCCACCUACGCCCAGCUCUCACACCACCGCUGGCACCGCCUCCCCAGCCACCCGGGCAGCAGCAUCAGCAGCAGCCCUCCGUCGCAGCCCCCCCUGGCGCCCGACGCCCUCCUGCCCGACGCCUUGACGCCCAGCCCCCAGUCCUGGACGGCGCCAGGACCCCCGGUCUCGUAACGGGGCGAGGAGGAGGAGGAGGAGGAGGAGGUGUAGAUCCACUGGACUGGAGCAACACUGGUAACAACGCUUUUGCUCACGGCUGUUAUAGUAUUUAUUUAUUCUUGUUUUUUUGUUUUUUUUGAGGGUCCGCGCAAAGUGUUGUAUGAUGGAAAAACGAAAAAAAAAAAGCCUAUUGAGUUUUGAUAUUGAGUUUAACUUGCACUAUCGGCGAUUAGCUUUUAGUUGCCGCUUAGCCAUGGAAAGUCAGGUUAAUAGCGUUGCUUUAAUGUGGCUCAUUUGAGGCACAGCUAGGACCUUCUGGGGAGGUACGUGUCACAACACUAGUAUAGGAGUCCACCGCCAGUUUAUGGUGGCAGGCCAAGUCUUUAUUUUUUUAUUCUGAAGGGAAGCGGUAGGAUUACUUUGGAACCCUAAGUUGUACUUUAAUUAACAAAAAGAACCAGCAAACGAUCUUCCUCUCAGGUGAACUCAGAAGGACGUGCUCAGGCCCGUCCAUGACAUUCCCAACAUUUGGGCAGCCAUGGUGUUUUCAUUGGCCACAAUGGCAUCUCUUCUAUAAUGUCAGACUGCUCUAGCAACAAGCUUCUGCUAGUAGGCAUGACAAGUAACAAACAACCUCCUUCAACAGAGAGCUGUUGUUGUUGAGCGUUUAUCGAAACGAUUGGGAGCAGCUGUGUGGAAUUUGGCUUGUACGAGACAAUAGACAAACAAGUCUUUUUUUUUU